AUGAACGGCUACGGCUCGCCCUACCUGUACGUGGGCGGCCCGGUGGCCCCGCCGGCGCGGGCGCCCCUGCAGCGGACGCCCAAGUGCGCGCGCUGCCGCAACCACGGCGUGCUGUCGUGGCUGAAGGGCCACAAGCGCUACUGCCGCUUCAAGGACUGCACCUGCGAGAAGUGCAUCCUCAUCAUCGAGCGGCAGCGCGUCAUGGCCGCCCAGGUGGCGCUGCGCCGCCAGCAGGCCAACGAGAGCCUCGAGAGCCUCAUCCCCGACAGCCUGCGCGCCCUGCCCGCCGCCCCCGGACCCCCGACGCCCGCCGCCGAGGGAGCCCCCGCCGCCGCCGCCGCCCCGCACCGCCCGCCCCUCGAGCUGGCCGCCGCCGCCCUGCGCUGGGCUUCCGAGCAACCCGCCGCCGCCGCCGCCGUCCUGCCUUCCGAGCAGCUGGCCAAAGCAGAUAUGACCGAUGAACGGUUGGGUGACACCAGUGGAGCAGACGGCACCGAGACUUACAGCGAUAAAGAUGCAGACCAAAGGAGUUCCCCGGAUGUGGCAAAGGCCAAGAGCAGUUUCACUCCUGAGAGCCCUGAAAUCGUUUCUGUGGAUGAAGGUGGUUAUGCAGUCCAGAAAAAUAGUGGAAGCAGCAGCAGCAGGCCCGAGAGCCCCAAGUAUCAGCCAGAGCAAAAUCACUUCCUGAUUGAAGGUCCAUCGGGGACAGUUUCUCUGCCUUUUGGCUUGAAAGCCAACCGGCCACCCCUCGAAGUGUUAAAAAAAAUCUUCCCCAACCAAAAACCAACUGUGCUUGAAUUAAUCUUGAAAGGCUGUGGGGGUGACCUGGUGAGUGCGGUGGAGGUCCUUCUGUCUAGCCGCUCUUCGGUAGCUGUUGGAGACAGAACUUCAGCUGAAUCGGAAGGUCUGGUUUUACCUUCAAAUGGCCACCUUUUUGAGCACACUCUGAGUUCUUAUCCUAUUUCUUCCUCAAAAUGGUCUGUAGGAUCUGCCUUUAGAGUCCCAGAUACCCUGAGAUUUUCUGCUGAUACUAGUAACGUUGUGCCAAAUCCACUGGCUGUUCCGUUACAGCAUCCAUUCCCUCAGCCACCCAGGUAUCCACUGAUGCUGAGGAAUACUUUGGCAAGAAACCAGUCCAGUCCAUUUCUACCUAACGAUGUGACUUUGUGGAACACUAUGACGCUGCAGCAACAAUACCAGCUAAGAUCUCAGUAUGUCAGUCCUUUCUCAACUAAUUCUACCAGUGUCUUCCGAAGUUCUCCUGUCCUUCCUACACGUCCAACAGAUGAUCCCAGGAUCUCACUCCCUGAUGACGGAUGUCCAAUUGUGUCAAAACAACCUAUUUAUACAGAAGAUGAUUAUGAUGAAAGAUCUGAUUCUUCAGACUCUAGAAUACUAAACACAUCUUCCUAG